GUGUUGAGAGAUGAAUUGGCGCAGUUUGUCAUUGAACAAUCGAAAGAUGGACAAAUCGGGACUUUAAACGUGGACUCAACAAGAGAAUGUGGGUUGAUACUUACGGCAUCGAGGGUUACAUCGUCUGCUCUACUCUGUCCUCCUCCACCUACUACCACAACAUCAACCAACAAUACUCCAUCAUCAUCCAAGGUUCAGUCGUCCUCAGCCACAGUUUCAUCGUCGACAGUGACGCCACGAGGAACAAUAAGUACCCAAUCGGCGACUGUCACAACUGUUGCAUCAUCACCGUUAUCUACGCAGUCAUCGUCGACAUUGACACCUCCGGCUACAACAACUGCCCAAUCGACAGCUGCCACAAUUGCUGCAUCAUCACCGUCAUCUACGCAGACAUCAUCGACAGUGCCACCUCCGGAUACAACUACUACCCAAUCGACAGCUGCCACAACUGCUGCAUCAUCACCAUCUACUACGCAGGCAUCAUCGACAGUGCCACCUCCGGAUACAACUACUACCCAAUCGACAGCUGCCACAACUGCUGCAUCAUCAGCGUUGUCUACGCAGUCAUCGUCAACAGUGACACCUCCCGCAACAACAACUACCCAAUCGACGUCUGCCACAACCGCCGCAUCAUCAGUGUCUUCUACGCAGUCAUCGUCAACAGUUACACCUCCAGCAACUACUACUUCCCAAUCGACGACUUCCACAUCAACUGCAUCAUCUUUACCAUCGACGACAGUGACAACAUCGUCAACAGUGACACCUCCAGCAACAACUACUACCCAAUCGACAACUGCCACAACUGUUGCAUCAUCACCGUUAUCUACGCAGUCAUCAUCGACAGUGACACCUCCGGCUACAACAACUGCCCAAUCGACAGCUGCCACAACUGCUGCAUCAUCACCAUCUACUACGCAGACAUCAUCGACAGAGCCACCUCCAGGAACAACUACUACCCAAUCGACAACUGCCACAACCACUGCAUCAUUUUUACCAACUUCCACGCAGUUAUCGACGACAGUGACACCAUCGUCAACAGUGACACCUCCAGUAAUAACUACAACCCAAUCGACAACUGCCACAACCGCUGCAUCAUCAGCGUCUUCUACGCAGUCAUUGUCAACAGGGACACCUCCAGCAACAACUACUACCCAAUCGACGACUUCCACAUCAACUGCAUCAUCUUUACCAUCUUCCACGCAGUUAUCGACGACAGUGACAUCAUCGUCAACAGUGACACCUACAGCACCAACUACUACCUAAUCAACGACUUCCACAACCGCUGCAUCAUCUUUACCAUCUUCCACACAGUCACCGGUCAAUAGGUGACACCUCCCACAACAACUAUACCCAAUCGAAGACUGCCACAACUGCUGCAUUAUUAAUACCAGAAUCACAGCUUCAGUAUUAUGCUCAACGCCUGAUGCUCAGAUAACAUCUUCUACAAUCGCUGCUUCAGUAUCAUUCUCAGCGCCUGUUGCCCAGACGACGUCUACCAUAAUCACAGCUUCAGUAUCAUCUUCAACGCCUCUUGACCAGACGACAUCUGCCACCAUCGCUGCUUUAGCAUCAUCAUCAACGACCGUUGCCCAGUCCACGUCUACCACAAUUACUGCUUUAUCGUCGUCAUUGCAAUUAUCGUCGGCUGUGACACAAUCUGUAAGAUCUGUUGCACAGUCAGCGUCUGUCUCAGGACAAGCUUCAGUAAUAUCUUCUAUACAAUCAUCGUCGACACCUACAACAUCAUAUGUUGCCCAUUCAACAUCUUCGAUAAUUGCUGCUGCUUCAUCGUCGUUGGUCGUGACACAACCCACAACGCCAGUUAUACAGUCAACUUUGACCCAAUCUUCAGCAACGUCUUCUAUUCAGUGAACAUCGGCAGUGACACAUUAAGGCCUGUUACCCAAACAGCAUCUGCCAUAAUCGCUGCUUCAAAAUCGUAGCCAUUGCAAUCGUCGUCGACCUUGACACAAUCUCCAGCAUCUGUUGCUCCGUUGACAUCUGCCACAAUAAUCACUUCAGCAUCGUCUUCUAUGCAGUCAUCGUUGACAGUGAAACCUGCAUCAACAACUGUUGCCCAGUCGACAUCUGGCACAACCGUCACGUAAGCAUCACCUUCCAUGCAAUUAUCAUCGUCAGUGACAACUGGGGGUAAUAUCUAUCCAUCCCUAUACAAUCUCUAUUGACGUCAUCACCCCUGGCACUCAUCCUCUAUAUAUUAAUAUCCUUAAUAUCCCAAACAAUAUCCCCAGCAUGGAUUAUGGUAUAUUACACAAAUUGGUGGGAUGUGAAUAAAUACUUAUUAUGGAAAUAACAACGUGCAGCGUCUAAAAGUCGGACACAAGAUACCAGGAAGAAAUGUGUCCCCUGGCACUUACUGGCCUGUUCGCUAGUUCGAACUUGUCUUGUAAUACAUGUGCUUUUCCUUGUAUUAUAUUAAAACAUGUAAAUAUGUAUACGUGUAUAUGAACCCUCACUUCUAAGCUGUACGUAACAUUAAUAAACUAUAUUACCAUUA